CAGGAGAAGGGAGAAUAUUUGGCGCAACUUUUGUAGUCUCAGUAUUGGAAGAAAGCUAGUCUUCAGCGGUCUAGUGUAAACCUGAUCAACAACUACCAACAAAUCAGCAAAGAACAUGCCCAGCACACGCUCCAAGGGACAGGUCCAGCCCGCUCUGCCCUUCCCUCGACGCAAGUCCUGCCGUCCGGUGUCCAACAAGUCGACGAUCCCCCUGGAGAAUGAACCUCCGGCUCCCAGUCCCGAGAAGUGCAAGCUUCUUCCCCAAAGCCUGACCUCGGUCCGGCUAUGUCCCAUCAACCCACUCUCCCCGACCCUGCCACACAGAAUACCCCUCAGCCCCCGCAAGCGAACAGGUGACGACAAUGUCAGCAUCCUGGGCGUCAACCUGCUGGGAUCGCCACCGAAACAGAGCAGACCCACCCCAAGAGCAUCGCCACGGAAACUCUUCAACGACAACUGCGAGAACUCGCCGCUGCAGCCGUGCCGCACAAUGGCCCCUCCCUCUCCCAAGCCGAUGUCUCCCAACGCCAGGCCCUCCCCCAGACGGCAGGCCGCGCUGCCAGCAAGCCCAGCCCAUUCCAACGUGAAGUCUGCGGUCGCUCGUCUGUUUGCAGAGAGGUCCCGGUACCAGAUGGUGAAGCAGUCGCUGCACACGGCCGUCCCGGAGCGCCUUGUGUCCCGGGACGCGGAGCGCGCCGCCAUCCGCUCCUUCCUGGAGGAGCGGGCCCUGGGGAGCACUCCCGCCAGCCUCUACAUCUCGGGGGCGCCCGGCACCGGCAAGACGGCCUGCUUCCACCGCGUGCUCGCAGACAUGAAGGAGGCGCUGAGCGAGGUCCAGACGGUGGUGCUGAACUGCAUGACCCUCCGCAGCUCCCACUCUAUCUUCCCCCUGCUGGCCCAGCGACUAGGGGGCGGGGCCGGGGGCCACUCCAGCAGCGCUCUGCAGAAGCUGCUGACCAGCAACGGGCCCACUGUGCUGCUGGUUCUGGACGAGAUGGACCAGCUGGACAGCAAGUCUCAGGAGGUCCUGUACACCAUCUUCGAGUGGCCCUACCUGGCCGGCUCUCGCCUCUGUCUCGUUGGUAUCGCCAACGCCCUGGACCUGACGGACCGCAUCCUGCCGCGCCUGCAGGCCCUGCCCCGCUGCCGGCCCCUGCUGCUUCACUUCCCUCCCUACAGCCGCCAGGAGCUAGCUGCCAUCGUCCAGGACCGACUCACUCAGGCGUCUGGUGACGGGGUUUUGGACGCUUCGGCUGUCCAGUUCUGCGCCAGGAAGGUUUCUGCCGUGUCGGGAGAUGCCAGGAAGGCUCUGGACAUCUGCAGGAGAGCCGUUGAGAUUGUGGAGGCUGACGACCGCAAGAAAGCAGCGGACCACACUGAAGACGCUAAAGCGUCUCAUGUUGGCGUGCCCCAGGUAGCGCGCGUGCUGUCGGAGGUGUACGGGGACCGCAUGGCCUCCUCCGCCGGGGGGGAGGGGGAGAGUUUCCCCCUGCAGCAGAAACUCCUCGUCUGCUGCCUGCUGCUCCUCACAAAGAGCGGCAAACACAAGGAGGUGGUCCUCGGCAAGCUGCAUGAGGUGUACAGUCGCCUGUGUACGAAGCGGCAGGUGGGGGGCAUGGCUCAGGGGGAGUGCCUCUCUCUCUGCUCACUGCUGGAGAGCCGCGGUAUCUUCGCCCUCCGCAAGGCCAAGGAGGCGCGACUCACUAAGGUGUUCCUGAAGAUCGAGGAGAGGGAUGUGGAGAACGCUCUGAAGGACCGCACCCUACUGGGCAGCAUCCUGGAGGCGGGGCUUCCCUGAGCUACAGGCCCCAUCUCCUGCUUUACUUAUUUAAACUGUUUUUUAUUCAUUACUGGCUUUUAUUUCUAGGCUAGGCAAACUUUUCAGUUUGUUUUAAGUUUCUUUUUUUUUUAGUUUAUAUUGUACUCUACUUCUAGUAGUUUUUAAUAUGAACUAUUCUCUUUAUGAGAGAAAGCAAUGAUUUUUUUAUUUAAAACUAGGCAUGUACAUACAUAGGCUUUUAAAUGAGGUUUAUAUAUAAAUUCCUUUUUAUAUAUUGAAACCCUGUACAGAUACUAUUCUCUGCUGGAAUAAAUGUACAUAAAUCCGUUGGAUCGCCUUAUACAAGA